AUGAUCGAAGACGACGAGUACAGAGCUUCUUCCCAGUAUCGAUAUUGGUCAUACACAGAGGAAAGGCUUGCACAAAUCCGCCAGAAGACUAAUCGGCUUGCAUCUGAGCGUGUCAAGGCCGCAAUUCGAAAGACCCAGAUUACAAUAUCAGGCUCAAGCGAAAACAGCGGAAAUACAGCUGAUACCCCUCCUGAUGUCCCGACGCUUACCGCCGAGGAGGAGUUAAAGAUUGUCGAAUGGGGUUGUACCAAGAUCGUCGAUAUGGGUGAGGCCAUGAACCCGAGAAUUCCUUCCAGUAUUGUGGCUACCGCAAUUCAAUACCUCCGCCGCUUUUAUCUCACACAUUCACCCAUGAUAUAUCAUCCCAAACCGAUCAUGGUUUGUGCUUUAUAUCUAGCUACAAAAGCUGAUCACUUUUACAUCUCGCUUUCCAAGUUCGUUUCGGAACUUGAGAAGGUCACUGAACAAGAUGUGAAGGCACCUGAAUUCCUUCUUCUGCAGGGUCUGAAAUUUACACUCGAUGUGCGCCAUCCUAUGAAAGGCCUUGCAGGUGGCCAUGCUGAGAUGCUAGCUAUGGUACAGGAAGGUCAGCUCGGCAGCAACAGUCCGAAAGCGACGAGUUUCGCAAGAAGAGUAGAUUCCGCAGCCGAUCAAGCAAAGGGGAUCCUGACCAGAGCCGCUCAGAUGACAGACGCAUAUUUCCUCUAUACGCCCAGCCAAAUCUGGCUGGGUGCUAUGAUGGUGGCUGAUAGUGAGCUGACGGAAGUGUAUCUGGAACAUAAACUCGGCAACCUACCUUUUGACGAAGCGACCGCGACGUUCAAACAAAGAGUUUUGACCACGAUUGUGGCAUGCGCGAAACUGCUUAGUUCCUAUCGCUCGCCAGAAGACUCAACGCGACGGAAAGAGCUGACACGAAUCCGCAAGAAACUAACCGUGUGUCAAGAUCCAGAGAAGGUGGAUAUUGAUGCCGUCAGUAGGGGAAGGGCGAAAUUGUCAGAAAAGAGGGAUGGGCACGGAAGUGACGCAGAGAAGGCGCUCAAGAAGCGUAAGCUUGAACGAGAGAAGCUAGAGAAAGAUGGGGAAGUCUUUGGCCCUGAGCUGAGAAGCAUUUCCGGUUGA